AAUUUGGCGGACCGCGCCUGCGCUGUGGGCGCGGCUCCCGGCUCCCGCUGGGCCUUGGCUGGCUGCAGGCUUAGUCUGAGUGCGGCUGAAGUGGCUGGCUCGAGGAAGAUGAAGCUUUUGCUAUUACUCCUGGUGGCGGCGUCUGCGCUGGUCCGGAGCGACGUUUCGGCCAACCUGGGCGGCGUGCCUAGCAAGAGAUUAAAGAUGCAGUACGCCACUGGCCCGCUGCUCAAGUUCCAGAUUUGUGUUUCCUGAGGUUAUAGGCGGGUGUUUGAGGAGUACAUGCGGGUUAUUAGCCAGCGGUACCCAGACAUCCGCAUUGAAGGAGAGAAUUACCUCCCUCAACCAAUAUAUAGACACAUAGCAUCUUUCCUGUCAAUCUUCAAACUAGUUUUAAUAGGCUUAAUAAUUGUUGGCAAGGAUCCUUUUGCUUUCUUUGGCAUGCAGGCUCCUAGCAUCUGGCAAUGGGGCCAAGAAAAUAAGGUCUAUGCAUGUAUGAUGGUUUUCUUCUUGAGCAACAUGAUUGAGAACCAGUGUAUGUCAACAGGUGCAUUUGAAAUAACUUUGAACGAUGUACCUGUAUGGUCUAAGCUGGAAUCUGGUCAUCUUCCAUCCAUGCAACAGCUUGUUCAAAUUCUUGACAAUGAAAUGAAGCUCAAUGUCCAUAUGGAUUCAAUCCCACAUCAUCGAUCAUAGCCCCACCUAUCAGCACUGAAAACUCUUUUACAUUACGGGAUUUUUGCAAGAGCAGCGUGACUGACAUUAUGAAGGCCUGUACUGAAGACAGCAAGCUGUUAGUACAGACCAGAUGUUUCUUAGCAGGCUCGUUGUACCUCUUGGAAAACCUCAAUGGAAGACAGUUUUUAGUGCUGGCACAUUUUGGAAUUCUGCACAUUCGUGGAGUGCAAUAAUACUGUAUAGUAAUUUUUCUCCUCCCAAUCCACUGAGUUAAUAGUUUUCUAAAAAUGUAAACAUUACUACUUGUACCAUUUUUCCUUAGUCAUAUUUGAAAAAAUUGCAAAAUGAGUUAGAAUUUGAUUUUUUUUCAAGGAUGUCUGUUAAAUCUGUUGUGAUUUUAUAUGAAUUUUCCUUUUUUGUUUAGAAUUUAUCUUUUUGGGAAUAAGCUGAAGUUCUCCCUUUAUAAGAGUUUAUCAGACAUCUCUAAUUUGGUUAUGUUCUACUUAUAUAGGUUUCAAAAUACUGCAGAUUUUGAAUAGUUAAUUAUACAAAAUUAUGGGGGGAGAUCCUAUAUGCAAAAUUCUCUAACAGUUUGUGUGUGUGUAUGUGUGCACACGUGUGUGAAUACCAGAGAAACAACUAAAAGACCAACCGCUUUUAAAAUUCUGUUAUAGUUUAAGUGUCUUGCCUUGACCAAUCUAAUAAAUUGAUUAACUGGGCCUUUAUACUUAAUUCAAUAAAAAAUAAGCAGAUAUAAGUUAAAUAAAAACUUUGAAUUUAUUGCCCAGCGUACCUGUUAACAUUAUAUUUAACCGUCGUCUGUUUAAAUUUUUGUUUUUGACUUACAGAUAAUUUCAUUAGGGAUACACUUUAGAUUCACAACAAAUAAUAGAUCAUUUACCAUUUUUAGGGUAAUUGAAACUCAUCUCACUAAAGAAAGUUUAGUUGAACUUCUUUACAACAUUAAUAUUAGACGGAUGGAGAUCACUUGUCUAAUUUAACUUGCCUAACAUCAGAAUUUUAUUAUAUUUGAGGUACAAAAUUGAAAAUUUUUUUAUUCAGUGAGUUUAAUAUCUUUUCAGAGUUCUAAAAAGAUUGUAAGAGUAAUUUAGCAGAAGUAGGACCAUGAUGUAGAAAAAAGGUCAUAUAGCAACAGUCAUAACAUACUUCAGCCUCCAUAUAGGAAUAAAAGUGUUAGUGGAAGUAAAGGGAUUUAUGGAAAAAUUGGGAGAUAAUUCAAUAUUGGGCCCACCAAACAAACACUUAGCACAACUGUUUACUUUAUCGUUGAAUAUUUUUUUUGUUGAACGCAUGUCUGGUAAUGAUCAUGAUGUGACAGCCUCGAGGUGGGACAUGGUGAUAGGAAGUUAGCCUGCAGAAAAUUGGUUAAAAUGGCUUAUUCUUUUCAUUAAGACUGCAGACUGUUAACCUAAUUUCAUUCAGUUUAACCUGGGGAGUUACAGAUUUUUAUUAUUUGGGUGUAAUAACAUUUUGUUAUUUUCAACUAGGGCUAAAGCCUUAACUUGAUUUUUACCAGCUCAAACUUCCUAUCUUCUAUAAGUUGAACACAUUGUUGAGUAUGUCCAGGGUCUUUCUUUAGCUGAUGGACAUUCCACUAGUGACAGUUAAUCUUUUGGUAUUUAGACUUUUCAACCUGGAGCCUUGGAAAUGUUCCCAUGUACUGUAUCUGGCGGAUCAAUCAUGAAGAAACGGAAAAUUUGAUUCUAACUUUUUCCAUGUUUUCCCUGGGUGGAUAAAUUGUCUUUUAGAGAAUAGCUUUAGGUAGUUCACACUAUGAUAAAACUCAGCUAUUUUGUUGAUAUUCAUCUCAAUAUUGUUGUUUUAUCUUUGGCCAUAUUUAAAUCUAGGAUUUAAUGGGGUUUAGUGAAAAUGGAAAGAAUGAAUAUAAAAAGACAAAUUUAAGGGAGAAGGGAAAGUUUAAAUGAAGCUAUUUAUAAUAUAGUUUUAUUCCUAACAUUUCAGAAUUUAUUGCUUGCAAAUAAGUGUGGCUCUGUAGUUUAUAAAUGUGUAUGUACUAUAUUAAUUAGAAGACCAUAGAACCUGAUAGCACGUUUGCUAAUGUCAUUGGGGGUUUUCACCACAGUUACUAUUGUGGCAGAAAUUGUUAGAUUAAUAAAAAAAGUUGGUAAAACAUGGCUAUAUACCUCAGUAUCAAGAUGUGCAAGACAGAUAUGUUUUCAGAAUAUACAUGUGGUAUUUACUUAUGGCACUAACAUCAACAACAGCAGUUGAUCAACCUUAACCACUAUCAAAAUAAAACAGGAUCCUAAUGGUAAUUCUUAGUUUGAACGUUUUUAGUUGGGACUUUGUUGGCAUUUUAUCAUUGUCAUAAUUUUAAAUUUAGAUUUAAAAAUAGCCUACAGAAUUUUAAAGCAUGAUUUGAUAUUUAAUUUUAAAGCUUUUAAAAAAUCUUGUGAGAGAAAUGUGAGGGAUUACAAAGUUUGGGGCUUACCUCUCAAACAUUGUGAAAAUAAACUUUUAUUAAGCUCGUGUGAAAGUAA